AUGACAUCACUCCUGCUUCUGCUUUUGUCGCUAUGCCUAGCGAUAGACGCAAUUUGGCGGGUGCCCAUAUCCAAAACAGUUCUUGAUCGGAAUUCCUAUAAAACGGACGCCAUAGCUGAAUUUCUCAGACAGAAAUACAUCAAAAACUACACGUUCGGCUCGAACUAUGACUAUCAGGAGGGGCUCUCCAAUUAUAUGAACAACCAGUACUACGGCACUAUCCAGAUUGGAACUCCUCCUCAGACAUUCAAAGUGCUAUUUGACACUGGCUCGUCUAACCUAUGGGUUCCGUGCGCAAAUUGCCCGUCCUCCAACCAAGCCUGUUUAUCCCAUCAUAAGUUCGAUUGUGCACAUUCGUCAACAUGCACCCAAACGUACCAGCCCAUUUCGAUUCGGUAUGGGACGGGCUCUAUGCAGGGUUACGUUGAUUACGAUGUCGUCUGCUUUGGAACGAAUCGACAGUACUGUACCAACUACCAACAAGGGUUUACUUGUGCAAUGCAAGAGCCUGGAGACACAUUUGUUUACGUUCCAUUCGACGGCAUUCUCGGAAUGGCAUGGAAUUCGAUUGCAGAAGGAGGCGUUUCUCAACCUAUGACUCAGAUCUUUGCUAAUAAGGUAAUUUUUGUAAUGCGUAGAGUAUUAAUACAAGUUGGUUACGACGCGCGAAAUCGUGACGGUGCCCAUAGAAAAUUCAUACAGCGAGUAACGAAGAGUGUAGGAGGUGGGCGGGUAACCAUAGAUACUUUCACAAUUGUGACAACGCAACCAUGUAACAGAACCAAAAGCCGAUCGCCAAAUUAA